AUGCCAACCGCCAACCCCACCACCCCCAACCUCUGGCCCAAGUACUCCUCCCGCCUCUCCGGCGCCUGGAAAUGCAUCUCCUUCGAACAAAGGCACGCCCAAACCCACGACCUCCUCACCAAACCCCACGGCGACACUCCCCUCGGCCGCGUGCUCAUCUCCCCGCAAGGCUUCCUCUCCGCGCACGUCGCGAACCCGCAACGCCUAGCGCAGCCCCUUCCCUCCGGCAAAGCGUGGCAGACGGGCGGAGACGCCGAGGUGGCGCACGUGGCGCGCGGGCUGAGUAUGUAUUGUGGGUAUAUGGAGGUUUAUGAGGAUGAGGCGGGCCUGUGGUGGAGGACGAAGGUGGAGGUUUCGUCGGAUCCGGCGCGCAUGGGGGGUUAUGAGGUAAGGAGGGUGGAGUUGAUUCAGGAGGGGGGACGGGAGGUGAUGGUACUUAGGCCGGAGAGGGAUAUGGUUUUGGAGGAUGGGACGAAGGCGAGGGGAGAGUUGAAGUGGGUGAGGUUUGAAUGA